AUGACCACGCAAGCGACACCGACGUUCUAUCAGUCGCUCGCGGCUGGCGGUCUCGCUGGGACAGCAGUGGAUCUGUUGUUCUUCCCGAUUGACACGAUCAAGACGCGUUUGCAAUCCGCUCAGGGCUUCAUACGUGCCGGGGGAUUCAGCGGAAUCUACAAGGGUGUCGGCAGCGUUGUGGUAGGGAGCGCACCGGGAGCCGCGGUGUUCUUUUGCACAUACGAUACGCUCAAGCGGACGCUACCCCUUCCAUCGGACCUAGCACCAGUAACACACAUGAUCUCCGCGUCCGCCGGCGAAGUUGCUGCGUGUCUGAUCCGCGUGCCCACCGAGGUCAUCAAGACUCGCAUGCAGACAUCCUCAUACGGUAGUCAUGCACAGUCAUCGUUGGCAGGAGCGAAGCGGAUAUUGACCGAUGAGGGGCUACGAGGUUUCUAUAGAGGCUUUGGGUCCACCAUAAUGAGAGAGAUCCCGUUCACCUCUCUUCAAUUCCCACUGUACGAAUUUCUCAAACUCCAGCUUUCUCGUGCAUUGGGGAGAAGACCUCUUCACGCGUAUGAGGCUGCUGUCUGCGGAAGCUUUGCUGGAGGGGUCGCCGCAGCCCUCACAACUCCCUUGGACGUAUUGAAGACGAGGGUCAUGCUGGACAUGCGAGAUGCAACAAAGCAUUCAGUGCCAUCAUUGCCUGCUCGCUUGAAACAGAUCUAUGUGACGGAGGGCACACGUGCCCUAUUCGCCGGUGUAGUGCCACGGACGCUCUGGAUAUCGGCCGGGGGAGCUGUUUUCCUUGGUGUAUACGAAUGGGCUGUCCACGGGCUUAUGGGCAUCUAG